AACACUGAUGUGCGAGGACGGCGACGUUGCGAGGCGUCAACCCAAAGUCAAGUCGCACGAGAAUUUUAUGAGUAAACUAGAAAGCAUUCCCAAGAAAAUGAGAUGCACCAAGUAGACCAGAUCACCAUACACACAGACAACUCAGGUUUUAAGCUACUUGAGAAAACAGGAGGCAUGGAAGUCAUCAGUAAUGGGAUCGAAUCGAUCAGCAUCCAUGCCGAUCAAGAGAUGGAGAAUCGCAACCCGAAAAUAAGAGCAGUUAAUCUUGGGGGCUGGCUGGUCACAGAAGGAUGGAUCGAGCCUUCCCUCUUUGAUGCAAUCCCCAACAAGGACUUCUUGGAUGGGACUAGACUUCAGCUCAAAUCGAUGAUGGUUGGUAAGUAUCUUUGUGCCGAGUCCGGCGGAGGAAGCCGGGUAGUCGCCAACAGCACAGGGACUCCUGUGGUUGCCAAACGGCCCGCGAGUUCUGGUAAUCACUGGGAGACAUUCAGGCUGUGGAGAAUCAACGAGAGGCUCUUCCACUUCAGGGUCGCCAAAAAGCAAUUCGUCGGCCUGGACUCUGGUGGGGAAGGGGUCGAUUUGGUGGCUACUUGUCAUUCACCAGGAGCACCUGAAACCUUUGAGAUUGUGAGAAACCCAGGCGAUCCAAGCCGUGUUAGAAUCAAAGCUUCUAAUGGCUCCUUCUUACAGGUGAGGACGGAUGAGCGAGUGACAGCUGAUUAUCAAGGCGAUCAAAUCGAUGUAUGGAAAGACGAAGACCCAUCUCUAUUUAUCAUGAGCUUCACUAAAAGAUUGGAAGGCGAGUUCCAGGUCACCAAUGGUCUUGGACCACAAAAAGCCCCCAAAGUCAUGAGAGAACAUUGGAGGACGUUUAUCGUGGAGGGCGAUUUCAAGUUUGUAGCCGAGAAUGGAUUGGACGCUGUGAGAAUUCCGGUGGGUUGGUGGAUAGCGAGCGACCCAAAUCCGCCACCCCCUUAUGUCGGUGGUUCCCUGGCCUUUCUGGACAGUGCUUUCUCUUGGGCAGAGAAGUAUGGGCUGAAGGUCAUCAUUGACCUGCACGCAGCACCUGGUUCCCAGAAUGGCUGGGAACACAGCUCAUCGAGAGAUGGGUUCCAGGAAUGGGGAGACACGGAUGACACCAUCCAACAAACCCUCCAUGUCAUAGAAUUCCUAACUUCGCGGUACACGAAGAGCCCGAGCCUUUAUGCCGUCGACCUCUUGAAUGAGCCUCUCGCGGAGACACUCCCUCUAGAGACGGUCACUAAGUAUUACAAGGCCGGGCACAACGCCGUCCGUAAGCACUCCCCCACGGCUUAUGUGAUCAUGUCGUGUGUACUUGGAUCCUCUGGCCCUGAAUUGCUGCUCCCCGUAGCAAGUGGCCUGGAUAGGACAGUCGUGGACAAGCAUUAUUACACUAUGUUCAGGACGAAAUUCAACACCAUCCAAGAUAACCUUGAUUUCAUAUACAAGAAUAGUGGUACCCAAUUGAACCGUCUCGCUACAUCAGAUGGACCUCUCACUUUCGUGGGUGAAUGGGUAGUGGAGUGGGCAGUGAAUGGAGCAACAAAAGAGCAGUACCAAAAGUUUGCAGAGGCUCAACUGGAAGUCUAUGGAAAAGCCACAUUUGGAUGGGCCUAUUGGACUCUCAAGUGCACGCGAGACCAUUGGAGCUUGGAAUGGAUGAUCAAGAAUGGUUACAUCAAGCUUUAGACAUUUUUAUCAAAUUUGGAGUACCAUUGCCAACUGUGCUAAAGUUAGAUUGAGUCGAGGUUGGCGAUCGCCUUCAUCUAGUUUCAUUGCCUAGCUCUCUUUGUGGUGUGCUCUCUUUGUGGUGUGCCUAGCUUCGUACUUAGCAAUUCGCUGCCUAGCUCUUCGGAAGCACGUUGGAAAAGCCUAGGAUGCCUUCCUAUCGUGAGAUACAAUACACUGCUUUAUCUAUGCAAUUAGUUUAGUACUAAAUAUAACUAAAGUCGAGACAGACCAAUGAGGCGGCCUUGCUUAUGAAGCUGGAAUGGGGGAUCCUCUUGAAACCAAAUGCUCUUUGGGUGACGCUCUUUGGGUGACUCUUUCUUAUAUAAGAAAUUCUCAGUCGUAGGACUUUCAUUUCAACUUUCCUAGUUACCGCUCCGUGGAUCGUAUGUUACCUUUGCUAAUACAUAAUACGAGGAGGCAAUUAGUUUGUUGAUGCA